CCACGCACAACCCCAAUCCCCUGGAUUAACCCACGCACAACCCCAUCCUCUGCCUCCGUCCGCCGCCGAUCAUCACCACUCAUCUGUUGAGUUUUUUCAGCCGUAAGUCUCUCUCUCUCUCCGGUCUGGUCUACAGAGGAGUAUACACGCGUGAUAGAUUCGAAAAGGCAAGGGCAAAAUGGUCAAAACGCCAGCCGGCUCCACCAACGACAGGGGUACCCCUGUCGUUGCCAAAUCCGGGAACACCUGGAGAUGAAAUCGGAGAAGACCUCAAAUCCCCCUUUCAGUUUUCACGCCCAGACACCGGAGACGAGGAGACUCACAAAUCAGGGGUCAUCUCCCCCAUCCAAACAGGCUCUACAGAUAAAUACAUAAAACCACUGCGCAUUUGGUCCAAAGGCCUAAAUUUACCAAUUCAAAGUUUGAUUUUUCUGAACCAACCGAAGAGAUCCCUGCUGCUCUUCUCGUCAGUGUCAUAAUCGCGUGGGCAGGAUGGAUGAUGAGUUUGAUCACUAUACUUUUCUGGGUUUGCCAUCUGGUGAAGAAGGAGCCAAUCUUUCAGAGAAAGAGAUUACAAAAGCUUAUAGAAAGAAGGCUUUGGAAUUACACCCGGACAAGAGGCCAGAUGACCGCAAUGCAAACGCCGACUUCCAUCAGCUCCAUGCUUCAUACGCCAUUCUCAAGGAUGAAAAAGCUAGGAAAUUAUUUGAUGAUCUCAUGCGUGUUAAACGUAAGAAGGUUCUCCACCAAUCACAGCAGGGCUCCAAGCGACGGAAGAUGAUGUCUGAUCUUGAUGAAAGAGAGAAGGCUGCUUUUGCUCCUGACCCUGUAACAAAAGCUCAGGAGGAAGAAGAGCGAAUUACUAGGAAGCUCCAUGAAGAGAUUUCUAGAAUUCGUGCCCAACAUGCCAAUAAAGUUGCUUCAACGACUCCACGGAGAACGGAGAAUGCAACAGUUGGAGGAAGGGAGAGUAAAGGUGGUGGCGGUAGCGGUAGCAGGUUGGACAAGGAGAAGGUGCUUAAGGUGUAUUGGGAGAAGAUUGGUGAGGAUUAUAGUGCUCAACGACUGAAGGAGUUGUUUGCGAAGUUUGGUGAGGUUGAAGAUGUAGUGAUCAAGAGUUCCAAGAAAAGAGGCUCUGCACUUGUUGUGAUGGCGUCUAAAGAUGCAGCUGUUGCUGCUACUGGUAGUGUGUGUGGAGAUCUCUCAAAUCCUUUACUGGUCCUGCCUCUUGAUCCAGCCAAAACUACUGCUUUUUCAAGCCCCCUUAAACACGUAGAACCUGAGGGUCCAAAGCUGAGUAAUCUUGUGGGUGCUGGGCACCAAUUAUUUGAAGACUCAGUAUUGAAGAAAAUGAUGCAAAAGGUUUGUGCAUGUCACCUUCACUUUCCCUCCCAUCCUCCUGUCCACACAUUAACAAUCUCAGAUUUGAUUUGGCUUGUCUAUUUCCAUUAGGCUAUCGUGAAUGUAAGAAUACGUGGAUGACAUGAAUAUGUAUGAGUCUAUGCACGCCUCAAUGAGAGCAGCUGCAGUGAGGAAAAGAUCAAUGUCCACAAUACUGUCAUAAUUUUAUUGGCUUGCAAGAUUUGCAACUCUCUUGUUUUCAUUUUGAGAUUGUUCAUUGACCUGACAUCAUUUGUAAUGCUUAAUCAGGGUUGGGCCAGCUCAGGUAUAGGUAAGCUUAGUUGCUGGAACCUCCUAUCCGGGUGGCUUCGCCACCUUAGACCCUCGCUUCCACACUCCAAGUCAGAACCCCCUAAGAACCUCGCUCCCAUUGAAAAAGAGCCCGCUCACAACUAGAGUAGAACCUCUCAAGCAUGAAAAUCCCCAAAGAAACAAAAGAAAGAUACUAGCAGAAAAUAUGAAGUACUGAUAUGAAAAUACGAUAAUAUUAACUUAAAUUUGCUCAAGUACUAGUGUAAACAUUGUAUUUACUUAUUUCAAUAAAACCAUACUUGGUGGUUUAUGUUUUGCACAAACUACUUCAACGCCUAUUUCUAUAAUAUAGAAACACUCCUCUAGUCGGAAGUACAGAUUUUGUACAAAGUCCUUCUAUGUAUAUUUCAGUUCACUGUACUACAUGUAAUUGUGGAGUAAGUACUGAUUUUAUUUUUUGCUAAGUUAUUCGGUUUUUGAAAUAUAAUUGUACUUUUGUGGAUUAUAUAUUUGUAGUUCUAUGGAAUUGUUCCUAAACACUCCCACCAAAGCUCUCAAACGAGGAGCUUUAACAAUCUUCGCUCUCCCGGCCAGGCUCCCUCUCCCGUCCCCACCUUGUGCAACUAAGGGUACAUGUGAGGUAGAAAUGGAGAUUGGGUCUCUCUAGGCAUGAUCGAGAUUGGGAAGGGGGUCUGUCUCAUACCUGACCUCCUUGCGUCUGGAAGUACUUUUUGUCUAGUAUAGAUAUGUGAUGUUCUUAUUUUAGGACUUCAGAGAACAUGAAGAUGAGAUAAGGAUGCUUGUUGUCAGUGCUUCUGCUAUUGUUCUGUUCAUUUGGGUAAAAUAAAAGAGCUGGGGAUUUGCAUCGCAUAGUUUUCAUUUGGAUGUUGCAUUGUUAUGUGAAGAUUGUGAGAAUUAUAUAGUAUGUUUUUUGUAGUAGUUCCUUAUUUGUCUUCAUUUUGGCCUAUGCUGGCUCACUGCAUGUCAAAUGUUCCUUGUCACAGAAAAUAUUUCUUUUUGCUUGCCAAGUUUCAUGUUGUUCUGGGUAAUGGGCAAAUAUGGUUAGUUUGGUGUUAUUAUCUAUCUAACUUUUGUCCUUUAUUCUGAGCAGGCUGCAGAGAAGCAAAAAUAGCAUGGGAAGUUUCCAAAAUCUGACAUUAUAACUGCAGCACACAGCUUUGAAAUUUCCCAGUCUUGAUUGGCGGUAACUAUCCAAUCAAAUCCGUUACAUGUCAUGUUUCAUUUUUGUUAUGGUUGGUUCCAUUUUUUCAAGUCCUUGCCCACCCGAAUAGGGCAGUUUGUUUCCUUUGCGAGGGCAAAAGCUUGAGUGGUUUUCUUUCUUUGGUUGUUUUUAUUUGUAAGUUAUAGAUUAAUAAACAGUUCGUUUGUAGUCUAAUAUCAAUUGUUCAUGACAUGCAGGACUGUUCUAGAAUUGUCUUUAUGGAGGAAUAGUGUAGAACAUAGAUUUCGACAGGAUUCAAUCGCUGCAGACUUAGUUGUUGUAGUCUCAAGUACGGGAGAGAGCAUUUGUUCCUUGGCUUGAAUUACUGUAUUUUUACCUAUGAAUCCAAUAAUCAGUAAAGUACUGCACUUUGUAAUGCUUAGCGGAGGGCUGUAUUGAGUUCUAUUAAAGUAACUGUUUGAAUCUGUCCAUUUACGAUAACGAUAACGUCUAACGGAUGAGUUGAUGUGUGGGACGUUGCUGGUCUUUCUUGUUCAAUUGCUCAAACACACGUGAGAUCCAUUUUCUUUCUUGUGUUCAAUUUACAUGAUAUGGAUUUGUCUUUGCCGAGUAA